CCGUAUAAAUUGGAGUCGAAGGAGAAUGAAGUAAACUAGACCGCCAAACGCGCUGUAGCUCAACGGAUGGGCUGGUGCUCUCCGUCUACAACAAAGCAAGCGGCGACGACGCUGCUCCUCUUUUCCACCGGAGUGACCCUCUUUUCAGUUGGCGUCCACCUCUCCUACGCUAACAUCGAAUCCCAGCGGGAACGUACCCUUGCCCGCGACGAGUUCGUUCGCGAAUACCUCCGCAAGAAAUACGGCUACGGCCGCUAGUUCUGUGCCACAGAUAAGAUACUC